GCAGGCUGCGCUUGCGUCAAGAGCGACGCGACCUCGCUAUGGCCCCGGUAGUGGCUGCGGGGGAGGUCGCGCGGGGCGCACGCCUCACCUGGGGCAGGUGGAGGGGGCGGUCUUGGGCGGGGCUGGAAAGCGACGUCCGGGAGGUUCCUGGAGGCGGCGUGUCCGGGAAACCCGAUUAGCCGAGCGGCCUGAGAGCGCCGGCUGCCCGCGUGUGCAGCCCACAUGCGGCUCCUUGCAGAGGCAGCCGUGGGUUUGCAGCCCCCGAGGAGCGCUGGGUGUCAAACACCGAACGUAGCUAUCUUCGGUUCUUAGAACAGUCGGACAAGAUCAGCUCCAUGGCUCUUCAGCCUGGCUCAGAGGACAUUUCCUACUUGCUGCCUCCAAACGGCGAGCACUGGGAAGGGCGAGCGAUUCCUGACUUCACCUAUGGGCAGCAGGAACUGGUGGUGGAAGGCAUCCAGUGGCCCCAGAGUGCAGCCAGCGCCCUGGACACGUGGGCACUGUCUCGCUUCGACUCUGUGCUGCGCUCUGCCUGGAGUCAGCGAGUGGAGCUUGGGCUCUUUCGCUACCGCCUGGGGGAGCUGCAGACCCGGAGCCUCCCCGGGGCCCUGGGGCUCGUGGCCCAGCUGAACGUGGAGCGAGGCGUGCAGAGGAGGUGCCCUCAGCACAUGCGGAGCGUGAGGCAGCCCUUCGACCCCGAGCAGUUCAACUUCAACAAGAUCCAGCCAGGAGAAAUCCUCUUCCGUUUACGCCGGGAGCCCCGCGUCCCCAGGGCUCUCCAGCAAGAAGACGUCCUCGUGGUGAUUAACGUCAGCCCCCUGGAGUGGGGCCACGUGCUACUGGUGCCCGAGCCCGCCCGUGGGCUCCCCCAGCGCCUGCUGCCGGGGGCACUGCGCGCCGGGGUCGAGGCUGUGCUGCUGAGCACACACCCGGGUUUCCGUGUCGGCUUCAACAGCCUGGGCGGCUUGGCCUCAGUCAACCACCUCCACCUCCACGGCUACUACCUGGCCCACAGACUGCCCGUGGAGGGGGCGCCAAGCGUGCCCCUGGGCCCUGGGGGCCUGCUGCACCUGCUCCAGACCCUCCCAGCUCCUGGCUUCCUCUUUUACACCAGCGGGCCAGGGCCUGACUUGGACGCCCUGGUAAGCAGAGUGUGUCGGGCCACUGACUAUCUGACUGACCAUGAGAUUGCACAUAACUUGUUUGUGACCAGGGGCACCCCGCCUGGGAAGACAUCCCCCUCCUCAGCCCUCACAGGCGUCCGGGUCAUUCUGUGGGCCCGGAAGUCCAGCUUUGGAAUCAAGGAAGCCGAGGCUUUCAACGUCGCCCUCUGCGAGCUGGCUGGGCACCUCCCUAUCAAAACGUCCGAGGCCUUCAGCAGCCUGACGGAGACGGCUGCGGUGGCCCUCAUUCAGGACUCCCUGCUGCCCCCAGCCCAGGCACACGAGGUGCAGGCAGCGCUGGUGGCCCUGCUGGAGCAGGAGGAACAAUGACCCUUCCACGGCAUCUCUCUUCUGUCUGAUCGGAGUCCCUUCCCGUAGGGCUGCUCAUCACGGUCGUCUGGGAGCGGGUUUCACGCGUGCCUUCUCGCCUGUCGCAGCCUGAGGGAAGUAAGGACUGAGCUGGGGAGAAACCGCGGGAUAAAUCCAGUGCUGGAGCACUCGUGGACCUGUGACUGCUUCUCGCCUUUCGCUCUCUGUCUUUCGUGAAUGUAUUUCUUUGAAAGGCAGAGAGACAGAGGCGGACAUCUUCAGUGUACUCGUUCACUCCCUGAAUGUCUGUAACGCCCAGCACCGGGCCUGACCAAAGCCGGAACCCAGGAGUUCGAUCCGGGUCUCUGUGUCAGUAGCAGGGCUCCGCAUGCUUGAGCCGGCGCCUGCUGCCUCCCAGAGAAAUGUAAGCAGGAAGCUGGCUGGAGGCAGGAGCACAGCCAGGGCUCUAACCAGGCCUUCCAGGAGAUGCAGGCCCCCACGUGCACUGUCUUACCUGCUGCACCAAGCGCCUGCCCCUUCUCACCUCCUCUUAGACCCCAGGUGGGGAGCAAACUUAAGGGAGUGUGUGCGAGAGUUCCACACUCCUUUCUUUGUGUUUUUUUUUUUUUUUUUUGAAUAUUUAUUUAUGUAUUUAAAAGAGUUACACAGAGAGAGGAGAGGCAGAGAGAGAGAGAAGUCUUCCAUCCGAUGGUUCACUCCUCAUUGGCCGCAGCGGCCGGAGCUGGGCUGAUCCGAAGCCAGAAGCCAGGAGCUUCUUCCGGGUCUCCCACGUGGGUGCAUGGCCCCAAGGACUUGGGCCAUCUUCUACUGCUUUCCCAGGCCAUAGCAGAGAGCUGGAUCGGAAGUGGAGCAGUUGGAUCUCAAACCAGCGCCCAUGUGGGAUGCCGGUGCUUCAGGCCAGGGUGCUAACCCGCUGCGCCACAGCGCCGGCCCUGCACACUCCUUUCUACAGACUUUGUCCUCCUGGACCUCUCAGAUGUUAGCAGAAUGGUAGUUCAUGAGCCGCUGUGUGCUCUUCCUCUGUUCUCACUCUGCUUCUUCCCUUCUUGUUUUAAAAUUUUUUAAAUAUUUAUUUAUUUAUUUAUUAGAAAGAAUUACAGAGUGAUGGAGAGAGAGGAAGAGGUCUUCCGUCGACUGGUUCACCCCCCACCCCCAAGUGGCUGCAACAGCCAGGGCAGAGCCAGGCAGGUGCCAGGAUCUUCAUCUGGGUCUCAAGCACCUGGGCUAUCUUCCGCACUGGUUUUCGCCAUUAGCAGGGCACUGGAUUGGCAGUGGGGCAGCCGGGUCUUGAACCGGCGCCCAUAUGGGAUGUUGGCACUGCAGGUGGUGGCUUUACCCACUGUGCCACAGCGGCGGCCCCAGUCCAGGUUUCUCAAGUGGGUGUCAAGGACCUGACUACCUGAGCCAUCACCUCUGCCUCCCAGAGGGCACAGUAUCAAGAAAGCGAAUUCAGGACGGAGCCCGGCCUCACACUCAGGCGCUUUCAUAAGGGAUGCAGGCGUCCAGGUGCACCUUCUGGAAAUCCACGUUGAGUUCUCUAGUCCCCAGCACUGAGUCCCUCGCGUGGGCCAUCCUGCAGGAAGAUGGGGUGGCCUGGCAACCUUGAAGUUGCCGAGUAUCAAGUGUCAGAUUUGGUAGCUCGUUUGUUAUCAGAGGACUCCAUUCUGCUUAACCAAAGCCGACUGCUGACUUUGCAGCUCAUCAGACUUUGGUUUAACUUAACAGAUAAAUGUAAUGCUUGCUUGACAGUUCCAGAAACUGGCCUUGACAGAGCCGGCUGAAGUUGCAAAGUAAUCUGGCUUGCUUCGGCCAGAUGACCAGAUAUACGUCUGUGGGCGGAAAGUAAGCCCUGUGACUCUGCCAGCCCCCGAUCGCCUGGCCAGAGGCCAGUGUGUGGCUGGCCCUUUCCUCCGUUCCCCUUGUUCCUGACUUCUGCUUCCUUCAAAAGCUGUCCUGCUACUCUAAGGAUUGUUGAUGUCUAGGUGGAGACCGUCCCUGAGGCUGGGUGUCUGUGGGCCCCUCAGACGUUGGUAGAAUGUCAUGCAAAUAGGCUGCAGGCUGUGACUGGUAGGCUUGCUUCGAGACCCGCCGGCAUCUACCCGCACCAUAGCUUCCUGUUCUGUAUGUGGGAGCCUGUGGUUUUAACCACAGCUUCAAGUUAGUUGCAAUCUUCCAUCCAGAACUGGCAGAGGAGGGGGGCUGAGCCCCCUACAGGGAAAUCGGGCUGUCUCCAAGAGACCCCCCACUAUCUCCAUGGGCCCCGAGCCAAUGAACUUACAGUAUGUGAAACCCCUGUGCAGUGGGCACCCCCCUAGAAUGACCCAGUGAACAGUAAAGCCUUAACAACCCGUGCACUUCCUGAAAACCAGCGUCCCGCUCGCGGCUCUCCGUCCCAGCUCCUCUCAGACGAGACGCUCUUUCUGUCGCCAUGCAAAACAGAAAAUAAAGUUUCCACUUUGCAAA